CCUGCUGACCAGCACUAUCUCCACCUGGUCUGGGAGCUGCAAGGCCUCAGACUGGAAAUCUCUGUGAUCUCUGACUCCACAUCCUCUCCAUGGUCUGUUCAUCUAGUUGGUGUCUGGCAGAAGAUUCCAUAGCAUCUGCAGCAGAACAGCCAGACUCAGAAAUAGCUGUCCCCCACUGGCCAUCAGACUGCUCAACAAUCCCAUCACUGAUUCCCCGCUGAGAGACGAUGAGCAGCUCCACACAGACUCACCUCUUCAGCUCAGUUUUCUCCGGCGAACAAUCGGCAGAUUUCAGGAAGCCUCUCUUUCAUGCUGAGGAGAGCAGCAGCUGAGAAUGGCCGCUGUUUGCUAACGAGUCCCUGAGCAUUAGCUUUAGCUCCCAGCUAACAUCCACCUUCAGUAACCCGAUGUUCGGAGACGUCAUGGAGGGCAUUUUAUACAAGUGGACUAAUUACAUGACAGGCUGGCAGCCACGCUGGUUCGUCCUGGAAGACGGCGUAAUCUCGUACUACGACAGCGAGGACGACGUCGCGAAAGGCAGCAAGGGAUCCAUCAAGAUGUCCGUGUGUGACAUUAAAGUCCAUCCUACAGACUCGACUCGUCUGGAGCUGAUCAUUCCCGGUGAGCAGCAUUUCUAUGUGCGAGCCGUGAACGCCGCAGAGAGGCAGAGGUGGCUAGUGGCGUUGGGAUCGUCCAAAGCUGGAACUCUGGAAAGCCACAAACACAGAGGUUCAGACUGUCUGAAAACCAAAAUGUCUGAACUUCGCCUGUACUGUGACCUCCUUGUCCAGCAAGUCCAGACGAUCCAAUCACAGCACAGUGCAGACGCAGAAGCCCCGCCCACUUCAGAGGCCUCGUUGCUCAGUGCCACCUGUGAGACGUUCAUCAGGACUUUGGAGGAGUGUAUGAGCCUAGCCAACCAGAGUUUGACCCCUGACCUCCGACCUCCUGAAAGGAUGAAGCGCUCCAUCAGCCACCCUGGUACUUACAGCUUUGACAGGUCAGGUGUACUAAAGGAGUAUGUGAGUGGAGGUCAGAGGUCAGCUCCACGCAGACACCGAACGUCCUCCGACAGCUCCGUCUACGAGACUGAACGUUUGCUUCCGGCCCUGAACGGCGACUCGUCCUCCAUCCCGGAGGAGAGGGGAGGCAGUGUGAGCCCGAAGACCACGCCCACAGACACAGACACCGACCUGUCCAUCUGAACACGCGACGCCCGACGGGGUGGACAGGAAGGAAAGGUCAUUUGGUCUAGAAUUUUUAGGAUUGUCCCUCCUGGGUUUUCUCCACAGAACCAGUUGAGCAGUUCAGAGUCAUUCAGUUUCUUUCUGUCAGUGGUUCAUUCACACUCUGGAGAGGUGAGACUCUUUUUGGGAGGUGGGGUGCUGCAGAUGAACGAUAGAAACCCGGGUCCGGUUUCAGGGCCACGCCAGCUGGUCAUACCAGGCAGCUCUAUGUGAACAUGAUGAACUGUGAAUUGCUGAUUUUUGGACAUGCGCUGCUUUAAAAGGACCCCAGAAUGUAAAUCUGUGUGUUGGGACAUUUUAGUGGCUCUGAUGGUGGCGUCUCUUUGGACGGUAGAACAUCAUCUCCAUCUAUGACGGCUCUGAUCUCAAGCUGUUCCUUACAGAACAGCCUCAUUGACUAAUUCAACAGACGUUGCUCCGCAGACCUCUGCCACUUGUCUGACUGCUUCUUCUUAUUGCUACGAUGAAGCGAAUCCUGCAUCUGAUUGAUGUUUCUUUAAACUAACCUCAGUUUACAAUUAUUCACCCAAAUUCCGUUGUUGAUGAGCAGGUCCAGUUUUGAGGAGUUGGGUCACAUGAAGGGAGCUGACUUGUUACUGACAGCUUCAAUGUGAACAUAUGUCAGAGUUUUGCUUUGGUAGUAUUUGUAUUUUGCAUUCACUGUAUUUUAGUGGUGGAAUCCGGUCCAGUCUCACUCUGAGGCCAUGAUGAAACUGAGAUAUUUAUAUUUAUAUAUUUUUUAUGAAUGUCUCUUGGGAAGUUUUGUGGAAGAGGUGGUAAAACUGGUGGUUUACUGUAAGUCUAUCUUUAACUGUUCUGAUGUUACAGAGUUUAGAUGUUAAACUUUAACUGGGACGUUUUUAUUGGAUUGCAAAAGCAGGAAGUAAUUUAGUUUGUAGCUUUGUUCCAAACACGACUGUUUGUACCCAACAGGGCAACUUUGUUUUUUGUACCUGAUUUAAACUGAUCAUUUCAAGUCAUUUUCUACCAUCGACCUGCAGUCUGUUGUAAGGAUAUGUAGGUCUGAAACUCCAGUAAACGAUAUCUGCAGUUAUUCAGGUUUAAUCAGAUGUUACAAUCUGUUUUAUUUGUUAGGGAUCAACUGAAUCAAACAGGGAUGAGAACCAAGAUAAAGUCGUGGAAACACUGAACUGCUGAUAAACAAAGAUGGAAAGUUAUGUGAUUAAUAAGACUGAGACACCAGAGGUCACAAACUGACAAAACCCAGAGCAGGAGUUUAAUUGGUUUAAAGUCACUGGAGUGAUUAGGUAUAAUGCUUUCUAUAAUGAUUCUUAGUGGCAUUUUGAUGCUAGUAUCCUUCAACCACCAGGUGGCACCAGAGUUGAAGUGUUUGAGUCUUGUCAGAACAAUGAGCAGCAAAACUUUUCCAUUCUUGAAUCUUCAGCAGCUCACUGCUGUUCACAGACUGGUGGGAGAAAACCCUCUGCUUUCCUAAAUGACAUUGUUAUUCUUCUCUUUCAUUUCAUGAGAGUCACUUACAGAGUCCCAUCUGCUACUGAUGAACUACUGGAGAUGAGCCACAUCACUCCUGUAAACUCUAAACUUCAGCAGAUGUAGAAAAUGGUCCAAACAUUUUGCCAUUGCAGAUUAUAAUGAGGGAUUCUUCAUAAAUCACAUCAUCCUGUCUGUGUGUUCAUAAUUAUACCUAUAUGUAUUUUAUAAAAUGUUUUGGAUGAUUUUAAAGUCACAGUCCAACCUUCAAAGAAUGUGAUCCUGAACAUAAGUGACAGAAACUGAACAUAGAAGAUUGCUGAUGAUGAUGAUGUGGUUGUGUUUUCAUCUUAACUUGUACAACAACCACAUUUUCUUUUUGUUUUUUAUACCUCCUCUAUCCUAACAGUGAUUGGCUCUCAGAUCUCCAUUGUCAGGAUUAGUUCAGCUGGUUCUCAGAGGGUUGCAAAGGGUUGAAGAGUGAUCCGUUCUGGUGAUCCUCAGUAGAUCACAGGAGCCUAAACUAUUUCAAACGGUUGUUUCAUGUGGAAGCAGGCCAGUCCUGGAGGCCAUUUGUGCCGUCGUUGGUCAUUGCUGCAUUGAUUUGGUGUGGAAUGUUUAAACUGCAUCUUCACAACUUAUUUUCUGUUGUGGCACUUAACAUGAAGUAAUAAAAACAUGUGGUGUUUUUUCUGUGACUAUGAUUUUUGAUCUCUGCACGCGCCUGACGGACAGCUGCAACGUUUCUGCUUGUUACCAACAGAUGCACAUUUUACACUCCUGUAAAGAAAUCGCUUGAAUGCAGAGAAAAAAAACGACUAUCUGAUUGGAUAGUCGUGAAAACUGUCAAAUUGUGAAGCUGUUGUAUUUUUAUAUGUCAUGUACAUGUCUACAUGCACAUUCACCACAACUUGUAACUUUUCCACAGGCAAAAUGAAAGUAUUCAGUAACCAUGUAUUACCUUCGCCAACAUAAAGUCUGUAAAUGUUGAUUUUCACUUUAAAGUGAUUCUGUCAGUGUUAAGUGGAUUAAAGUGACACUUUACAAUGUGAUGGCUUUUUCUGAUUAUCAUACAGGUGUCAUGAUGUUCUCUGUUGCAGGAUGUUCCUAUAAAUUCAAUGUAAAUAUUUACUCUGAAUAUUUACUCACAGAUCAAUUUAAACAAUUUGACUUAAUUUUCUGCUGCUGACUAACAUCGUUUGUCACAGCAUGAUGAAGCAGCAUUUUCAUACUUUAAGCUAAGUGAUGACAUCCAUUAGGUUUCAUUAAUGUGAUUUAGCCAGAUCUUGUUUGAACAUGUGAAGAGUUUGUAUGAAAAUAAAAAAUGGAUAUUAGGAGAAAGUUCUGUUGCAUUGAAAGCAGAUUCCAAGAUGAGCCAGUCAUCUUGGAAUUACAAUCUUAAUUCUUAGGGAUUUUUCUUUUUAUUGCAAUGUUUCAUCAUUCAGUCUGUGUUUAUUUUGGAACCAAAGGAAAUUUUCUAAUCACUUGUAGUUCUUACAUUUGUUGGAUAAAUAGUACAAUUCUCUUCAUGUGGUUCUUACUCAGCUCAGUUUCCACAAUGUCAGACUAAAGUUGAAGUAAAUGGUUUUUGAUUUAUAUAUUUAUAAAGUAGAAAAAUGUAAUUCAUCUCCUGAAUUCCUUUUAUGUAUUUAUUACAGCCUGGUUGUUAGCCUGAUAUCAGGAACUGCCUUAAGAGCUGCACAGAGCGACAUGUGGUUGUAUCACAUCUGAUUUUUAUUGUCUGAAUAAAGUUUUUGAAGCUGA